AUGCCGUAUUGUGCUGUUUAUAAUUGUUCAAGCUCCUCAAAAGUGGACAAAAAUGUAUCAUUUUUUCGCUUCCCAAAAGAUGCAGGUCUUCAAAAGGCAUGGGUACAUUACUGUCGUAGAAGAGACCUUAAAUUAACAAAAUACAGUAAAAUAUGUGAGAAACACUUUACGCCAGAUCAAUAUUCUCGCUAUCCACCCCGGUUAGCUGAAUUAGGUUAUCCAAAUGCUCGUGCUCAGUUAAAAGAUGAUGCUGUACCUGAUGUUGAGUGGCCUACCCAAGACGAAUGUUCAACUUCAUCAAGCACUGAGAGAAAACCAUCGGGAUUUGGUGCAUUUAGAAAGCGACAAAGACUUGAGGUAUUAAAAGAGGCUAUGAUAGAAAGUGAUGACAGUGAUGAUAAUAAUGCAGAAGAGAAUGUAAAAGUAGAUGCAGAUGUUUCUGAAACUCAACCAGUAACCCCUUCAUCUUUGAGUAAUGUUUCUGCAGAAUGUGAGACAUUAUCAGUUGACAAAGCCAUCCAGGUGUUUAUUCCUGACAUUAAAGUCAAAACAAAAACAAGAAGAAUACAAACAGGAAAAUCAAAAAAUUUAAAAAAUAGGUUUCAAGACAGUUGA